AUGUCCAAAGCAUUCAGUGCGCCAGGUAAGGCGCUAUUGGCAGGAGGUUAUCUAGUCAUUGAUCCAAUCUACAAUGCUUAUGUCACAGCGUUAUCUUCAAGAAUGCACGCCAUCAUCACACCUACUACUACAUCCACUGAUCGCCAUAUCAUAAUCAAGUCUCCUCAGUUCGUUAAUGGACAAUGGGAAUAUACCAUCACCACCAAUCUUGCUCCUCCUAAGGAGAUCAACGGGAACAAUAAUCCAUUCUUGGAAGCAGUCUUGUUUAUUGUAUUGGCAUACAUUCAACCGGAAUCCACCUAUGAUUUAAACAUUGACAUAUAUUCUGAUCCAGGAUACCAUACCCAAGAAAACACCACAGUAAAACAACUAUCCAAAAAGAAGUUCCUUUAUCACUCCCGUGCAAUUAAUGAAGUGGAAAAGACCGGAUUAGGCUCAUCAGCUGGGUUAGUUGCUGUGGUUACUACUGCCCUUGUGUCAUACUUCAAACCAGGUCAAGAAGCUGAUAAAGAUCUCUUGCAUAAUAUUGCCCAAAUUGCCCAUUGUUAUGCCCAAAAGAAGAUUGGGUCUGGGUUUGAUGUUGCUGCUGCAAUUUAUGGGUCAAUUAUUUUUAGAAGAUUCCAACCAGAAAUUAUAGACAAGGUGUUUCACACUCUUGAAACAAAUCAUGAUGAAUUUACUUCGGUAUUGAAACUGACGGUUGAAUCCAAUUGGAAUUUCAAACAUACUCCAUGUUCAUUGCCUAAAGGAGUCAGAUUACUCAUGGGAGACAUCAAGGGCGGGUCAGAAACACCAAAGUUAGUCUCGACUGUACUUGCCUGGAAAAGGGCUCAACCCGAAGAAAGUUCCGUCGUAUAUGCAAAUUUGGACGGGGCAAAUAAUAAUUUCAUUACUCAAUUACAAAAUUUCAAUCCACAAGAUUUAACUCCGUUGCAACUGGCAAUCCAGCAGAUUCGUAAGGGUUUACAAGAGAUGACUGAGAAAUCGGGUGCUCCUAUUGAACCACCGGCCCAAACCGACCUCUUAGACAAAUGUCAGUUGAUUGAUGGUUGUAUUGGCGGAGUUGUCCCUGGAGCCGGUGGAUUCGACGCCAUUUCCGUAUUGAUCUUGGAAGAAUCAGUGGACACGUUGAAGCAAACUACCGAAUCAAAUAAAGAGUACUACCAUAAUGUUACCUGGGUGGAUUUGCACGAAGAAAGUGAGGGGAUUGUACUUGAAGAUGCGAAAGAUUACUAA